AUGGACGGUUAUAACGUGGAACAUCCUCACUUCUGCGAAACCCAUGUGCCUGGGUCUUUCUCAACAUGCUCAUCCAACGUCGACAAUGGAUCUAGGUUCAGUCUCUACUCGGGUACAGUAGCACUGUCAUUUCUAAGAAUGCUACGCAGUGGCUGGGAUAAAAACCUCAGCGAUGAUAUCUCCCUCUUGCAGCAGGAUCAUCAUACAGAAUACCGUCUCCGCUGCGGCGACGAUGACGACGACGACGACGAUGAUGAUGAUGAUGAUGAUGAUGAGGGGGGGAACUAA